GUCUCCCGAGGUUUCUUGAACACAUCGCACACAGACUUUCACAAUCAGGAUGUCAUCAGCUCAGAACGCAGUGCUCUUCCUGUCUGUCGUACUGGCAGCGUUCAUCAGUCUGCUGGAUGCAGUGCCUGUCUACAGCGGUCUGGCCGAACUCUCCGAAACAUCUGGGGACGAGCUUCAGGACGUGGAUGGAAAGAGUCCUCUGAGCGACCGGCAGAAGUGGCAUCUGAUGGCCAGAGAUCUGCACAGAGACGUCAAGAUGCUGCGAGACCAGCAGUUUAAGAGGGACUUCAGAGAGACGGUGAACAUGACUGCGUUUGAAGGUGUGAGGGUCAAAACCCCUCUCCUCAGACCCUCUGACGGCUGUCUGUCCAGAAACUUCAGCACAGAUUCGUGUCUGGUCCGCAUUUACAGCGUCCUGACCUGGUAUAAAGAGAACUGGGGCUUCAUCGAGAAGGAAAACCUGACCUCCAGCCUGGUGAACGACGUCAAACACGGGACCAAACGCCUGCUGGAGGCCAUUAACAGCCAGCUUCAGAUAGCAGACGGAGGAGCGGUUCAGAUCUCCAGCGCUCCUCUCUCGGCCACAUCCGCAUGGACACGAAAGACCACGGUGCAUUCAAUCCUGUUCAACUUCACCAGCGUGAUGAUCGACACAUGCAGAGCCAUCAAUUACAUGAGCAAACACAAAGCUGCGUAUCGAGCCAAAGACACGAAGAGACCCGCAGACUGGAGCUCUGACAAGAACUAAUUUAUUCAGCUAUUCUUUUUAUUUAUUGAACAAUCGCAGAUAUUUCAUUCAGAGCAGAAUAAUUUAAUAUUUAUGAGUCUGUACUAUUAACUUAUUGAAGGUUGUGCACUAUUAAUAUUUAUAAAUGCAAUAUUUAUGUGCUAGUAUUUUCUAUUUACUUCUCAUUUGCACGCUAUCGAAGGUCAGUGCUGAUGAAUGCAUUUAUGAAAUUGAUUAAUUUAUUUAAAACGGAAUGUGAGAACAUGCUGAAUGUUUACAAUGAUCUUCAAAGAUUCAAUAAAAAAGAAAACAAAGCAAA